AUGGUUGAUAUGAAGCGGUACACUGUUUUAAGUUUCUCAACCAAAUGCAACGUUUGUACGUAUCCUAUCCCGCCCUCCAUAACCCGGUACCAUUGUCCAACUUGCAAUGAUGGCGACUACGACAUCUGCACAAACUGCUAUUUGAGGUUGUGUGCGACAGGGAAGGUGAGCAGAGACAAUGGAAGAAAUGGGUGGCGACGCUGCCCGCAGAGCCAUCGUAUGAUCAUUGUCGGGUUCGAGGACUAUGAGGGUGGUCAGAAGCGCGUCGUCGUCCAGGGCUUGGUGGGCGGGCUCGCACUGAAAGACGACCUUGAUCCCGCCUCUCCAAACAGUCGUUUCGAUCACUCUAGUCCGAACAGUCCGCUUACUCGCCAAGAUUCAGACCCGUGGGAAUGGCCCGAGGGUUCCAAUCCCAAUAAUGGCCCAGAUACCACCGGCGCGGCUAAAGGGACCAGACGCAAACUCAACCGAGCACGGCACAAUCUAGGUUGCAUCUCACCCGAUUCCACCAAAGCUCCGCUUGCACCGCGCUUCCCACCGUCAGGUGGAAUCGGCCUCCGCUUAAUUGCGAUUUGGUCGUAUUAUCCGGAGCCCGAGGAGACAGAUGAGAUCAUGUUUCCUCGGGGCGCAGAGAUCACGGAGGCAGAGAAUAUCAACGAUGACUGGCUUUGGGGGUGCUAUGCAGGGCAGAAGGGGUUGUUUCCAGGAUACUAUGCGAAUGUUGUGGAGGAGGUGACUUGA